AUGGUUAGAAAACCUAACGGAGGCCGGUACGAACUACGAAUCUAUUGUGAAUAUAAACCCGGCAAUAAAUUCAACCUUCUAGGCCUAAUAAAGUGCCUUCUAAUAACUAAGGACUUAGAGCUAGCCCACCGCCGGCUUAGCCAUGCGGGAAGCUACAAAGGCAGAGUUAAUAAAGAUAAACUAGGCAUUGAUAUCGGAGGAGAACAUUAUAACUACGAACCUUAUAGAAAGGGGAAGUUAAAGAGAAUUGUGUCUCUUAAACCGAAAGGAAUCAAUAAAACUGAUAGCAAGGCUAAUCGAGAAUACGCUCUAAUUAUCACCGACGAUGUAACACGUUUCCGCACGGUGAUAUACAUUGCUAAAAAGAGUGAUUCCUCGCCUACUCUCCAGAAAUGGAUAAACUAG